AUGCGUGUCGUUGCUGUCUUCACUGCCCUCCUGGCUGUUGCCUUCGCUGCUCCUUCUCUGGAAAAGAGACAGCAGGGUGAGAACUGUGUUGAGGUCUUUUUCCCUGAGAGCUGCGCAGACCGCGGUCUCGUCGAGUGUGACGGAGCGGGUUCAAUCCGCAUUUGCUGCACUCGCUGCUACUAA